AUGGAACACCUCGCGACAACUCUGAUACACGCAGACGAUAGGGACAACAGGGUGCCCGACGUCGCUCCGCCGAUCAACGUCUCGACCACGUACCGCUACGACAAGGACGAUCUCGUGCCCUGGAGGGACCGUGAGUCCCUCGAGUUCAUGGACAAGAGACCCAUUUACUCGAGACUCGCACACCCGAACUCAACACGGCUGGAGAGUCUGUUCUCGCAGAUCCUAGGAGGCCACGCAGUAGUGUACAACUCUGGGCUCGCUGCGUUCUUCGCAGCACUGAUCCACUACAACCCGAAGCGAUUGUUCAUAGACCAGAGCUACCAUGGUUGUAGAGCCAUUGCUCAUAUCCUCACGAGAACCACUGGGAUGCAGCAGUGUUCCCUAGAUGACGUCCCGCAGAUGGCUCAACCUGGGGAUGUCGUACACUUGGAGAGCCCAGUCAACCCAUUGGGGACUGUCCCCAGGGAUAUGUCCCUUCUCGCCGAACAGGCUCACGAGAGGGGGGCCGUGCUGAUAGUGGAUUCGACUUUCGCUCCACCACCGCUCCAAGAUCCUUGGAGGUUCGGGUGCGAUAUGGUCAUGCACUCAGCGACCAAGUACUUUGGUGGACACUCGGACUUGCUCAGUGGGGUGCUCGUCACAAGAGACCAGCAGACCGCGGGGGCACUCCGCGACGAUAGGAUAUACUUGGGGACCAACGUCGCAAACCUCGAGGCGUAUCUUUUACUCCGCUCGCUGCGCACUUUCGAACUGCGCAUCCAACGGCAGUCCACCAACUGCACCGCCGUGGUGGCAUACCUCAACGACCACCGCGGUGACUGGCCUCUCGUCCUCGACAAGUUGUACCACUCGUCCCUGCAAACUGGGGAACCCUGGGUCGCGGAACAACUAGAGGGCGGGCACCCACCCGUGUUUGCUCUCACUCUACGGUCCAUUGACCAGUGCAAGAGGUUCCCACAGCUGCUGCACUACUUCCAACACGCGACGUCCCUCGGUGGUGUCGAGUCCCUCGUCGAAUGGAGGGCCAUGACGGACCCACACAUCGACCAGACGCUUGUCAGGGUGUCCGUCGGUUGCGAGAAUGCAGAGGACCUCAUUGCGGACCUGACCACUGCGUUGAACGCUUUGCAAAGCGACCCAUAG